AUGAGUUUAAAAUUAAAUAUUCAAAGAUGAUUAUUUUCUACAAAUGCUAAGGAUAUCGCGGUUCUGUAUUUUAUUUUUGCUUUAUUUUCAGCAAUGAUUGGUACAGGAUUAUCCGCUAUAAUUAGAUUAGAAUUAGCUAACACAGGAUCACCGUUCUUACAUGGAAAUACUCAAGCAUUUAAUGUAGUGAUCACAGCUCAUGCAAUAUUAAUGAUAUUCUUCUUCGUCAACAAUAGAAUAUUAUUUAAAUCUCAUACACCAAAUAAUAAUAUAAUUAUAAAUCCUGAUAGUGUUAUAAUAAGUGAUAAUAAUAAUAACAAUAAUAACAAUAAUAAUAAUAAUCAUUUUAAAUAUACUAAAGUAAUAAUAGAAGAUCCAUUAAACAAUAGAGAUAUAUUAUUAAGGGUAGCAAAAGGUCAAAAAGGUAUAUAUAUUUGGGAAAGUAUAGAUGGUAAAAAUAAAUAUGUAGGACAUUCUAUAAAUUUAUAUAAUAGAAUAUCAUCAUAUUAUAUGCCAAGUAUCUUAAAAACUAAAGCUAGAAAAGUAUUAUCAUAUUUAAAUGAAAAUGGUUUUAAAGAUAUUAAAUUAACUAUAUAUAUUUUAAAUUCAGAAAUAUUAAUAGAUGAUUUAGUAAAAUUAGAACAACAUUUCUUUGAUACAUUAAAACCAAAUUUAAAUAUGACUUUAAUAGCUAGUGCUACUUAUAAUAAUGGUACUAUGAGUGAAAAUGCUAAAUCAAAAUUAAGAACUGAAAGAGGUAUACCUAUCUUUAUAUAUGAUGUAAAUACUUUAAAUUUAUUAUAUAUAUUUGAAUCUAAACAAGAUAUGUAUAAUAAAUUACAUAUACAUCAUAUUACUUUAAAUAAAUGUUUAGACUUAAGUGAAUUUUAUUUAGAUAAUUUUUUAUUAUCAUUAGAUUAUAUAGAAGAAUUUAUAAAUGAAGAUAUAUUAUCUUUAGAUGAAAUUAUAAAUUUAAUAACUAAAAGUAGAGAAAUAUAUAAAAUAACAAGACAACCUAAAUCUAAAAAGAUAUUAGCAGAAUUUAAAGGUAAUCCUGAUAAUAAUAAAGUAUUUACAUCAUUAAAUGAAUUAGCUAAAUAUUUAAAAGGAGAUAGAGCUACUAUUAGAAAAUAUUUAAAAGGAGAAGGUUAUUAUAGAGGAGUAUGAAGAUUUAAAUACUGGCAAGGCGAGAUAAAAUAG